GAUGAGCCGCAGACAGACCGCCUCUGCAAGAAAAAAAAAGAAAAAGAAAGAAAGAAAAAUGGGUGGGUCGAUAGAGAGCACGGUGCGAACUGCGCACGGUUUGUUUUCACAUUUCACAUCAGGACUCAAAUGAAUGGAGGCUGGAGUUUAGGAGAAGUUUAUGAAGUGGGGACAUCAAUUUCAACAACAACAACAACAACAAUAACAACAACAACAACAACAGUUUAGAGAAGAUCUGGGCUCUGGGUUUGAGAUGGAUUGGCCAGAUACCUUUGAGGCAACAUUGUGGAAAAUUGAUACAUGAUCUCUUUUUGGAGUCUGAGGCUAUUUAACGAGGAACAGAUGCUUUAAGAAAGUCCAUUCACCCAUUUGGAGAUCUGGUUUGGGAGAAAAGAUCACAGAUUACUGCUUGUGGGACUUCUGGGAUGUGAUCGACUGGUGUGGAUUUACUGGGAAGUAAAUAAAGAAUCUUCAGGGAUCUCAGAGAAUCUCAGAGUGUGUGUUGAUUUCAGCUGUGGAUGUUGUAGCUGUGUUUUACAGUCAUGGGGAAUUUGGAAAGUGUGGAUGGACAGAAUGAGAUGAAGCAUCACAUCAUGCCAUUAAAGGUGCCCAUGCCGGAGCCUGCGGAGCUCGAGGAGCGCUUUGCUCUCGUUCUGAGCUCAAUGAACCUGCCUCCGGACAAAGCACGCCUGCUUCGCCAGUACGACAAUGAGAAGAAGUGGGACCUCAUAUGUGACCAGGAGCGCUUCCAAGUAAAGAACCCCCCACACACGUACAUUCAGAAACUGAGAGGCUUUUUAGAUCCAGGAGUCACACGCAAGAAAUUCCGCAGGCGGGUUCAGGAAUCCACCAAAGUUCUGAGGGAACUGGAGAUAUCGCUGAGGACCAAUCACAUCGGGUGGGUGCGUGAGUUCCUGAAUGAUGAGAACAGAGGACUGGACAUUCUGGUGGAGUACCUCUCCUUUGCUCAGUGCGCUGUCGCGUUGGAUUUUGAUGGUCUGGAGAACGGGGAAGAUGGCUCACUGGACAAGUCCUGGAGCAGGUCUAUUGAGGAUCUGCACCAGAACGGUUUCAGUACCCUGGUGCGCUCAGUGCGCCAAUCCGUCCCUCGGUAUGGUUCAGCAGCAAACAACAAAACGAUCAAAAACUCCAGGAUAGUGAGUCAAAAGGAUGACGUGCAUGUGUGCAUCAUGUGUCUCCGAGCAAUCAUGAACUAUCAGUAUGGUUUCAACAUGGUCAUGUCCCAUGCGCAUGCGGUUAAUGAAAUCGCCCUGAGCAUGAACAAUAAGAACUCGCGGACAAAAGCACUGGUCCUGGAGCUUCUGGCUGCUGUGUGUCUUGUGCGAGGAGGCCAUGAGAUCAUCCUCUCAGCAUUUGAUAACUUCAAAGAGGUGUGCAAAGAAAAGCACCGCUUCGAAAAGCUGAUGGAGUAUUUCCGCUGUGAAGAAGGAAACAUUGAUUUCAUGGUGGCCUGCAUGCAGUUCAUCAACAUCGUGGUUCAUUCUGUGGAGGACAUGAACUUCCGUGUGCAUCUGCAGUACGAAUUCACUAAACUGGGUCUUGAUGAUUUCUUAGAGAAAUCUAAGCACACAGAAAGCGACAAGCUGGCAGUGCAGAUCCAGGCCUACUUAGACAACGUGUUUGAUGUAGGAGGACUGCUGGAGGACGCAGAGACGAAGAACGUCGCUCUGGAGAAAGUGGAGGAACUGGAGGACCACCUGUCUCAUGUGACCGAGAAGCUUCUGGAAGUGGAGAAUGAGACGGUGAUGAAAGUCGCAGAGCUGGAGAAGCAGCUCCUACAGAAAGACAAGGACCUGUCAUCCAUUCGGGAAACGUACGAAUCGACGAGCUCUCAGGUGCGCACGCUUCGACGUGUAAUACAAGAGAAGGACGCUGCCUUCCAGAGGCAUACAAACAUCGAAAAGCGGUUACUGGAGCUCGAGCAGCAAGGGACGAUCCGCCUGAGGAAGCAGCCUGACGGAGACAUUGCAAUCGAAGCCCUGGGUGGUGGUGGUGGUGUUGGUGGUGGUGGUGGUGGAGGAGGAGGAGCACCAGGAGGAGGGGCUAUAGACAUUAUGACUGGAGCUCCUUUCGGGGAGCUGGGCUCAGUCAGCACCAUCCUGGGUGUCAGUUUGUCCGCUGCUACUGUGGAAACGCCUGAACCACCUUCACCACCACCACCACCUCCACCACCUCCACCACCUCCACCUCUCCCAUCAGCAGAGUGUCUACCACCGCCACCUCCACCAUUGGCUCCUCCACUUCCUGGAGCAUCACCCUCAGUCAUCCUCAGCGUUGGUUUAUCAGCAAUCCGCAUCAAGAAGCCCAUAAAGACCAAGUUCCGUCUUCCUGUGUUUAACUGGGCGGCUCUGAAGCCCAACCAGAUUAAUGGCACCGUCUUCAAUGAGAUCGAUGACGAACGAGUGCUUGAGGAGCUGGACCUGGAGAAAUUCGAGGAGCUCUUUAAGACAAAAGCACAAGGUCCUGUGGUUGAUCUGUCUUGCACAAAGAGCAAAACAUCCAGUAAGGCUGUAAACAAAGUUCAGCUGCUGGACGCUAAUCGCUCCAAGAACCUGGCCAUCACGCUACGCAAGGCUAACAAGAGCACGGAGGAGAUCUGCAGAGCUAUUCAAACGUUUGAUCUUAAGGCUCUGCCAGUGGACUUUGUGGAGUGUCUGAUGCGUUUCCUGCCCACGGAGGCUGAGACUAAGCUGAUGCGUCAGUAUGAGAGGGAACGCAGGCCUCUUGAGCAGCUGGCUGAGGAAGACCGCUUCAUGCUUCUCUUCAGCAAGAUCGAGCGCCUUACUCAGAGGAUGAGCAUCGUCACUUUCGUGGGGAACUUUAAUGACAACAUCAGCAUGUUGACCCCGCAACUCAAUGCCAUCAUUGCUGCUUCAGCCUCAGUGAAGUCUUCUCCAAAGCUAAAAAGAAUGCUUGAGAUUAUUUUGGCCUUGGGUAACUACAUGAACAGUAGUAAAAGAGGCUCGGUCUAUGGCUUCAAACUCCAAAGUUUAGAUCUGCUGCUAGACACAAAGUCUACUGAUCGCAAGAUGACCUUACUUCACUACAUCGCUCUGAUAGUGAAGGAGAAAUACCCGGAGCUUGCGAACUUCUACAAUGAAUUGCACUUUGUGGACAAAGCCGCAGCAGUGUCUCUGGAGAAUGUGCUGCUGGAUGUAAAGGAGCUGGGAAAAGGAAUGGAACUGAUCAGAAGAGAGUGCAGUCUGCAUGAUCAUGCCGUCCUCAAGGGCUUCCUGCAAGCCAGUGACAUGCAACUGGAUAAGCUGCAGAAAGACUCUAAGACUGCUGAGGAGGCUUUUAACACUGUGGUGAUGUACUUUGGCGAGAGCCCCAAGACAACUCCUCCGUCGGUGUUCUUUCCCGUGUUUGUGCGUUUCAUCAAAGCUUACAAAGAUGCUGUUGACGAAAACGAACAGAGGAAGAAACAGGAGGAAGCUAUGAGGGAGAAACUGCUUGCUCAGGAGGCCAAACAGCAUGACCCCAAGGUGCAAUCUCAGAAGAAGAGGCAGCAGCAGCACGAGCUAAUCGCCGAGCUGAGACGGCGCCAGGCCAAAGACCACCGCCCCGUCUACGAGGGCAAAGACGGCACCAUUGAGGACAUCAUCACAGUGCUAAAGAGUGUGCCGUUUACAGCGCGUACAGCCAAGCGGGGCUCGCGCUUCUUCUGUGACACCAACCUGUACGAUGAGUCCAACUGCUAGCCCCUACCUAAACUCUCUCCCAAAAUCUGUCCCUAAUUCAGCAGAUCUCCGAAGCCAGCCGUUCCUGCGAGCUGACGCGGUGAUCCGAAACGGGUGGAAGCGACCCUAAAGACCCUCCCUGACCCCUGUCUCUCUCCACCCCCCUGCGCUUAUCUCCCUGCACCUCACAGUGACGGAGCGUAGGCCAAAACCAAAUCAAGCGCCAUUCAUGUUUAUAAGUGGGUGGUCGAGUCCUUUAUUUAUUUACGGAAGAGUCUCCGUUAUUCUCCCUGUCUCUCAACAAAAGCACAGAUGUUCAAAGUUCCCACCCUUUUCCUUCACUCUCACAUGUAUCAAAACCCAUGCGAAAGCAUCGGUGUGUAUGUGUGGCCUUCCUGAGGGGGGAAGGGAGAGGAAAAGACGUUUCCUGGAGAACAGUGUGUGUGUGUGUGGGUGAGAGCAGACACUUACGUCCACACUGCCAGCACAACAAGUCACUUGUGCAAUCUAUAAACAAAACUCUUGCUUAUGAAGAGAUAUGACCCACAUCACCUACACCCACAAAAACCUUCAUUUCUUACUUUAUUCCCCCCCAGAUAUUUACAACAGCAUGAGAGACCAAACAUAUUAAACACAUCCCUAUUUUCUUUAAAGUGCCUUAAAAAAAAACAAAAAAAACCCCUAUUAUUUGCUCUUAUAUUUAGCCAAUACAAAUGCCAGACUCUUUUGUACUGAUCCUUUUUUUGUUAUUGUAUAACAUUUAUUGAAAUACUGUAAAUAGACCAGAAAUCGCAGUGCUUCACAUUGCGGAUUUUCAAGGAGAGAGCUUUGCUAUUCGGGAUGUGCCUUGCAUAGUUAAUACUAAGCUAACAAUUGUUCUAUCUGACUGUAUAUAAUGGUUUUAAUGAUAAUGAUACAUAUAUAUAUAUAUAUAUAUAUAUAUAUAUAUAUAUAUAUAUAUAUAUAUAUAUAUAAUUUUUUUUGCUCAUGAAAGCACUAAUGUGCUCUGGAAGGCACCUGGAUUGAAACUGCGGGUUGCAUGUGGUUAUUUUUGUACAAAAAAAAAAAAAGAAUUAAUAUGUAAAAGUAUGCCGGUGGUGCCAAUAUUAAUGGUUCAACCAUAACAGUCGGAAUUUUUUGGAAUCUGGAUGUGCUUCGUGGAUAAACCCCAACGCCAUGAAGGAUAUACUGCGUUUAAUCUGAUUUGUAGGACGAUUUUGUAAUAUUCUGUAUUUGGGAUUUGUGAGGAGAAUGGCUUCUUUUUUUUUGCACUAGCCAGUCCCCAUGAUAUGGGGGGAUAAAACCGGUAAUAUUAAUACACUACAUUACUGCCAUUUAGAGGUGUGACUGAAACAUGAGCAACACUAGGCCUUGUGCUUUGGGUCUCUAUAAAUAUUUUAUUUUAUUUUUUACUCAGAAAACAUUUUAUGUAAGAAGUGCUGAAUGUAUAGCCAUGUCCUCUCUCUCUCUCUCCCUCUCUCUCUCUAUUAAGGAAUACAGCAUCACUGUAUCAGUUUUAACCCUUCCAUUUGUCAUCGGAAGCACAAAUAAAAGUUGUUCCUGAUUA